CCUGCCUUUGCCAAGGGUGCUAGUUAAGUGCCAUCACAUGUGACGCAGAGGCUGAGUGCUCCUGGCUGGAAGUGAAAACUCCUGGGCUACCUAACCCUUACUGCUGCCAUGGCCACAAAAGCCACUGGCUCAAAGAAAUGCCUCCAGCUGCUAGCUUUUCUGGUGGCUUUUCAAGGGAUGGCCUUCUGCGGAAACAUGUUGGUCUGGCCGACAGAAGCCAGCCACUGGCUAAACAUCAAGAUAGUUAUACAGGAGCUGAUCCAGCGUGGGCACGGUGUCACCAUCCUGGUCUCGAAUGCUUCACUCUUCAUUAAACCCAGGGCUGAGGCUGCGGAGAAGUUUGAGGUCUAUGCUGUGCCCUUCAAGAAAGACACAGUCGAGAACCUGAUCGAGGAUAUAGUAGCACUGUGGCUGAACAACAGACCGACCACCUUGACUUUCUGGCAGUUUUAUAAGAAGCUGGGAAAACUGUCCAUAAACUGGAACCAGAUAAACAGGCAAAUGUGCGACGCAGUGCUCACCAACCGAGAGCUGAUGGCCCGGCUGCAGGGGGCCAGCUAUGACCUGCUGCUGUCGGACCCAGUGACCCUCUGUGGGGACCUCGUGGCUCUCAAGCUGGCCGUCCCCUUCAUGUACUCGCUGCGCUUCACCCCAGCCUCAACCGUGGAGAGGCACUGCGGCAAGAUCCCGGCCCCACCAUCCUACGUGCCUGCAGCCCUCUCUGAGCUCACUGACCGCAUGUCCUUCAGCGAAAGAAUAAAAAACAUAGUGUCUUAUCAUUUGCAAGACUACGUUUUCCAGAGCUACUGGGGAGAAUGGGAUAUGUACUACAGCAAGGUCCUAGUGGUCUGGCCCACUGACGCAAGCCACUGGAUCAACUUGAAAGUGCUGCUGGAAGAGCUCGUUCUCCGGGGCCACGAGGUGACAGUGCUGGUGCCCUCCAUCAAUCUGCUCAUCGACUACCAAGACACCUCCUCCCCCUUUACUUUUGAGGUCCUGCAAGUGCCUUUUACCCAGGAGAGCCUGGAUGCUAUGAUGGAGGACUUCCUCAACAGCUGGCUGAAUGAGCUCAACAACCUGUCCUUCUGGCAGGUCUUGAGAAGGAUGAAAGAGGACGAGGAGGUCUUUGCCAACAUGGUGAGGAUGAUCUGUGACACCUUGGUGCUGAACCCUCAGCUGGUGGCAAAGCUGCAGGAGGCCAAGUUUGAUGUUCUAAUCGCUGACCCUCUGUCCAUAGGGGGUGAGCUUGUAGCAGAACUCCUGGCAAUCCCUUUCGUCUACAGCUUCCGCUUUUCUGUUGCAAACAUGGCAGAGCGGCUGUGUGGUGGGCUGCCAGCCCCACCUUCUUAUGUGCCUGCCAGCAUGGGCAGGCUGAUGGACCGGAUGAGCUUCACGGAGAGGCUGCAGAACUUCCUCUUUUACCUUUACGCUGACUAUUUUUACUUAAAGUUUUGGCAAGAGAAGUGGGAUGAGUACUACAGUGAUGUCUUAGGAAGGCCCACAACCCUGUGUGAGACAAUGGGAAAAGCAGAGAUGUGGUUAAUCAGAACGUACUGGGAUUUUGAAUUCCCACGCCCUUUCUUGCCUAACUUUGAGUUCGUUGGAGGACUCCACUGCCAGCCUGCAAAGCCACUACCAAAGGAAAUGGAAGAAUUUGUUCAGAGCGCAGGAGAACACGGCAUUGUGGUGUUUUCUCUUGGAUCGAUGGUCCAUAACCUAACUGAUGAAAAAAGUAAUAUAAUUGCUAGCGCCCUCAGCCAGCUUCCACAAAAGGUUCUCUGGCGGUACAAAGGAAGAAAACCAGAAACCCUGGGCUCCAACACCAGGAUUUAUGACUGGAUACCUCAAAAUGAUCUGCUUGGCCAUCCUUUGACUAAGGCCUUCAUUACUCAUGGCGGGACCAAUGGGAUCUACGAAGCUAUCUACCAUGGAGUCCCUUUGGUCGGGAUUCCCAUGUUUGCUGACCAGCAUGACAACAUCGCUCACAUGAGGGCAAAGGGAGCUGCAGUUGAGCUGGAUUUCAGCACACUGAAGACACAGGACCUAGUUGAUGCACUGAAUACAGUCAUUAACAAUUCCACCUAUAAGGAGAAUGCUCUGAGGUUAUCCAGGAUUCAUCAUGACCAGCCGAUAAAGCCUUUGGACAGAGCCGUCUUCUGGAUUGAAUUUGUUAUGCGUCACAAAGGAGCAAAGCACUUGAGACCAGCUUCUCACCAUCUCACCUGGUACCAGUACCACUGCCUGGAUGUUCUGGCAUUCUUGUUUGCCUGUGCAGCUGCUGCAGUCUUCAUUCUUGUCAAAUGUUGUUUAUUCUGCUGCAAGAAACGUGGCAGAGUCACAAAGAAGAAGAAAGAAUAGACAUGCUGUUCCCAGCAGAACUCCUCGUAGGCCACUUCAGCCAGGCAUUUAUGCACGUUCCUCAAUGAACAGAAUUACUAGGCUAUGCUUUAUACCAGGCAUAUCAAGAAGUACCUUUUGGAAGGGAUGUGCUAAAAAGCAGUUCUGCAGCAGAGCUGCUUGCUUAGCUAGUCUGUUGCUUACAGUAAACUCCCUCUGGCCCAAAUAAGAUUGAAUUAUAGUUGCUUAAUCCCUUGGAGCCAUGUCAGCUGAUUACACAAGGUUCCUAGAAUGGUAAAUGCUGCUCUGAAUUUUCAAAUGAACUGUGGCAUGCUGCAGAAAUACAAUGUUCCAGGUGUUUUGCUAUUGUCCCUGCAUCUGGGACUAGUCUCCUAACACUUAACUCCUUCCUUCUCUGUAUCAUCCACACUUAAUGAUUCAGAACCAAAAUGUCUCUCCUGUCAGACUACCUCCUUCAAGGUUGGACUACAAACUAAGAUCAUAGGCUCCUCAAAAGCACUCACCCAGAAGGCUAGGGUCAUGAGAAAUUGGGACUGUAGCUAGAUGGUGAGGUCUGUAUCACUGUUUUGCAAAAGCACUGACUACUUGAGAACAGAGGGGACAAAGUACAUCUAAAUGCUAAAAUCAGCAGAAAUGGCUGACUUGUCUUUGAGAACUAUUUCUCUUUCCUGUCCAAUAUGCUUGGUGUGCUGUUGCACAGACCACCACUCCAACUGCACCACUCAACAGGAGUGAGAAAACAACCUCCACCAGUCAGUAACUGGCUCUUUUCUAAGCCCCAAACGCCUCUAGGCCAUGCUAAACGUUGCAGUGUAUCUUUGCCAAACGCAGAAAAACUCUACAGGUUGUCCUUGCAAGCAGUAUCAUGCACAGAAACAGUGCACCAGUCACUUGUCUUGCCUGAAACAGCAGACAGGAAAUACCCUCCGUUAGACUGGUAUUAAAUGUAGCACUUUUGAAAUUGUUAAGUAGAACUGAAAAGCCUGCAAAAGUGACUCUAGUUCUGGCCUCCUGUUCUAGGUAAGGUUGCUCCACUGUUACGCUUUCUUCAGUAAGCUGGCACAAGUCCCCGUUAAAACUGUGACCCUUGCUGCACUCAGGAUACUGCAGUACAUAAGCCCUGCAGUUGCCUUACAUGUGCCUUAAGCAGCAUAAAGAAAUUUGAACACUUGUUUUCAAACACAGCAGGCUAGGAAAACAUCUUAUCUUGGUUUACAUAACAGAAUUCCCUACAUUGUAUUAACCUCUUCAUUGGCUUCUUUAAUAGCUUCAGCUUUGUGUCUGCUCAAAAAACCUUCAAAGCAUAAGUGAUUUGUUUCCAAAUUAAAGACUGGUUAAAACACAACAACUUUUGCAAGCGGUUCUCAUGAUGAAUCAGAAUCCAGGUUAUUCUGGUAAAAACUGUUCUUACGGUCACAUUGGGAUAUCCAGAAGCACGCGACAGUGAACAGACUGUAGAACGAACCAUACGACCUCCAGGCCUCAGAUCAGAAAGGUUUGCCUGUAUCCGUUAGAAAAUGAAACGGGUCUCCGCUAAGCUUCAUGAAGAAUAGACUGCUAUCAUCUGCGUUCUGCAGGCAGAUCUGCUGAGGAGAGCUAGGCCCUAGGAACACAAGGAUGUCAAUUCUGCUUUCAUAAGGCCAGUAGUCUCCAAUGUACUGACAAGUCAUAGAAUAUUAACAUAGGACAUGGGGAAAUAGGAAAGCUAGGAAAAGUGGGCAGGUAAGGUCUCUGCAGUCACUUACAUGAGUGGCUUCCUUUCAGUAACUUACUUCAGAGAAGUUCAGCUUAGCUAGUUUUGAAUUAAAACAAAAACAACAAAAAAACCACAGAAAUCCCCCAAACAACCCUCCCCCCAAUUAAGAGACCCAUCUUCUUUCCAGAAUCUCAAGAUAAAGAGGAGAAAGAUCUCAAAUAACGCAGGCUAUGUCUGUGAUGCAUUUGUUCAACUAGGUUCAGUAAGCAUAUUGAAUUUGUAAGAUUGAUCUAAUCCUACUACUGAUAGGCAAAUCCCUCGUGGCAUAGUAAACUGUUUUGAAGAACUGUAACACGUUCGACAUCUUGUAAUGUUUAAGAAAGAGUUCUGAUUUUGGAGGUCAAAUACUUUGCAUAACACACGGCCAUGUUUACUACAGCUAUAUACACACUAAAAUAUACAAAACUCAAAUCAUUGUCAGUUCUAAAACAAACAGGCGUUUCUCUAUCACACCAUAGCCAAUCCUAUAUUGAAGUUUCUGAAAACAGAAAAUGAGAACAUUCAGAAAUAGCACAGUGGAGUCGGAGGUCUUCAAAGCAUGUGUUACAAUGUAGCUUUGUUAUGUGAGAAGAUUCUUAAAGUUUAUGAAGUAGUCCACCUUGGCAGUGCUACACAGACAAGUCUUGAUAGCUGGGAACUUGCUGGAGAAACUCAACAACUUCAGCUACAAGUUUUACUUUUCUUUGUUCAGUUUUGCCAUUGGCAUUUACAUUCAAAUAUAUCCUCAUUAAGAGAAUUUGCAAGUGAUGUAGCAGUCACUACAAAGAAGAAACGUGGAGACAGUCUGGACCUUGUAGGAGAAUGCACUCCUAGGAGACAGAUAUGAUUAUACCUGAGGACAGUCUACUAAGAGCUUUAAGAUCAUUUGAUUAAGUUGAACGGGUAUAGCUUUACAGAUCUUGCAGCUGAUCAGAGUUAAUAGGUUGACUACUUAACUGUAGAAGCAGAAAAGCAUUUACCUUUUACUUCAGCAGUUCUUUCACAGAAUUCAGGCUUCUGGAUCAACUUCACCUAUUGCAAGCAGGUUUAAACCAUUUUUGAAUACAAACGCCUUCCUAGAACUGUCAGAACCUGUCAAUGCUGGCAAGCUUAGAAGACCAAGAAACCCGAACUGGAGUUUUAAUCGUUUCAAUAGUUACCAAUUUAUUUUUAUAAAAAAUGGUAGCAAUGUAGAAUACAGCAAUAUUUUCUGGUUCCACACACGCAGGUUGUGAACAUUCCAAGCAACGUGUACAUUUCGGAAGGAGGCUAGACAAGAGACUUGACCAAAGUGUUACUGAAUGCGGGAAGGUUUUUAAAAAAGGUUAAAAAUUAGGUAUCAAUAGUGUCUUCUUAAUAUUGCUUUCAUUAUUGAAGACUGAAAAAACACUUGACUUUACAGGUAAGUUUAAAAACCCGGGGGGAGGGGGGGGAAAUGAGGCUGCUACAACACUGCCAUACAGUCAAAAAUCAUACUCCAACAUUCGCAUACUUGAUAGCAGCAUUUUCCCACUGAACCACGUGAAACUAUGGUAAGAAAACAUCAAAGCAAAAAAAAAAA